GUUAGUGGACUUCCCUAUUUCUCUUUCUUUCAUCUUCAAUUUUCUCUCCUAACAUUCUUCUUCCUCUCUUUUUAUUUCUUCAUUCAAAGUUUUGAUCAUUUUUCAAACUUCUUCUUGUUUGUUUGAGAUAUUUUUGCUAGAAAAAUGAAGGAAAGUGGGGGAAAUCCUCUGCGUCUAAAGUCUGUGAAUCACAUCUCCCUCAUCUGCACUUCAGUGGAAGAAUCUAUGAACUUCUACCAGAAUGUUCUUGGAUUUAUCCCCAUCAGGAGGCCAGGGUCAUUUGAUUUUGAUGGAGCUUGGCUAUUUGGCUAUGGAAUUGGAAUUCACUUGCUGCAAGCAGAGGACCCUGAGAAUAUUCCAAGGAAGACAGAGAUUAAUCCAAAGGAUAAUCACAUAUCAUUUCAGUGUGAAAGCAUGGGGGCAGUGGAGAAGAAGCUAAAGGAGAUGGAAAUCGGUUACGUGCGAGCCAUGGUGGAGGAAGGUGGGAUCCAAGUAGAUCAGCUGUUUUUCCAUGACCCAGAUGGUUUCAUGAUUGAGAUAUGCAAUUGUGAUAGCCUCCCUGUAAUUCCCUUAGCAGGUGAAAUGGUGAGAUCAUGUUCAAGAGUGAACCUUGAGAUGAUGCAGCAGCAAAUACACCAAGUUGUCAAGCAAAUGUGAAUGGUGAUUCGGCCUUUCAUCUAGUGUUUUAAAACUAAAACUGGUGACUGACUCGAUCAAGACACCAGGUCAAUUAGUCUAAAAGGUACUGGGUGAAGAAGAAAGUGGGAAAUUAUAUAUAUAUAUAUAUAUAUAUAUAUAUAUAUAUAUAUAUUAUUUAGCUACUUGUCAGUGAGUUAGUAUCUUCCUAUGUAUUAUAUUCCUUUUGCAUCAAUAAACAACUCCACACCUGCUAGUUCCUAAUUUAAAAAAAAGCAUUGUCCUUUUGCCACCAUGUGUUUGUUUUUUUGUUCAUUUCUUACAUCAUUUAUCAAGUGGCUUUUUCUGAGUACACCAACAUAGACAUGCCAUCAAGUGAAAUGAUUUUGUAACUACGGGCAUAUUUAGAAGGCUUAAAUAUGAAAUAUGUCUGAAAAAAUCUUUAAAAUAUUAUCUUAAGAAUAUUUUUAUUCAAAUUAAGGUUCAAGUGUGUUUUAUGCUUAUGUGUCAUGAAUUUGACCCAAUCAUCAUAUCCACGUGACUUUUACAUAUUCUAGUCAUUACUUAGGGGUUUAGUUUGAAUUCCACAAUCAAUUAAAAAUCAACUUCCUCUUCCUCAUAGACUCAACCGAGAAGCCCUAAGGAAUUCAACACCACCCAGUCGUCAUCUUCCUCCCCUUCCUCUCUUCACCAUAUUCUUCCUACAAAACCCUAGCCGCCAACACCGCCACCUCCUACCUCUUCUUCUUUCUCCCUUCACACAAAACCUUAGCCGCACUUGAGAGAGAGAAAAAGAAAGAGAAAGAUCGAGAAAGAGAGAGUGAGUCGGUGAAGGAGAGCGAGACCAAGGGGAAAUAACAGUGGGGGAAAAUCCUGUAUGCAUUAAAAUGAAAAUCUCAUCACGUUACAUUCAACCAAUAUCCAAACAACAUUGCAUACCUUUAUUUUUCUUUGUUCUCACCAAGGUGUUUGGGUCAGCUUUCAUGCACCUCGACUAAUACUACUCGACGCUCGUAGUGCAUGAUUGUCUCUCGCUAAGCAUUAUUUUAAUAAGGCCGGCAAUUGAUCAUGGGAACUCCAGUUCGCUAAACAAGUUCUUACUUGAUCACUUAAGGAACAGAAAUAAAAAAUUCUUCACAAAUUUCAAUUCAAAUUAAGGCUUAAUCCUCAAAUUAGUCCCUGUCUUUAUGUCGUCGUCUGAACCAGGUCCUUGAUCAGAAAAAUUUGUGGAAUACGUCCCUAUCUUUGGAAAACGUAUGGAGCCAGUCCUCGCCGGAGCCCGGAGCUCCGGCGAGUGAUGAAAUGGCAUGGUGACUGUGUAAAUGAAGCUGACGUGGAAUAAAUAAAAAAAUAAAAAAUAAAAAUAUUACACAUCAUAUAAUUAACAAAAUUAAAACCUAUAACUAAUUCUAACCCUAAUUUAAUUAACCAAAUUAAAUUCCCCCCAAUUUAGCCCCAAAUCAUCUUCAUCAAAAUCAAACCCAUGAUCAUCUUCAUCAACCUUCACCACCCAGAAACCCACCCCCACCUUCAGCAAGCUCAACAACCCAGCAACCCCACCCAUACCCGGAACGAAACCCAUGUUCAUCUUCAUCAACCUCCCAUGUUCACAGCCACCUUCACCCUCUUCAUCUUCAAACCCAGCAAUUUCUGGACUUUUCCACAAAAGCACCCAAAUUUUCCUCCAAGCACCAACCUUUUCUACUUUGUUCCCCAUCUUUUCUCCAGUCACCCUUUCCCCUUCCUGAACCCCACCUUCUCCUCUCACUCCUUUCCUCUUCUUCGCCAUCCCUCCACCGGUUCCCCUUCCCCAAUCCCAAAUCUCAUUCUCUUCUCAGAUCUGAGGAACCUCUCCAAAAAGCCCUCGAAGCAACAUAAAGUGUUUGGAGAGGAGAUAGAGGCGACGAGAUCGAAGUGUUUGGAGGCAAGAAAGUUCAGAUUUUAGAUCGAAGUGCUUGGGGCUUUGGGUCUCAUGGAGGUUGGGGUGUGCUGGUUUGAUUUGAGGUUCUCUUACUCUGUAUCCUUCUCAUUCGCUGUUGUGUUUCUGGCUCGGUAGAGAGGGGCUUUGGGUCUCAUAAAGUGAUUUGAGGAUAUGGUACCGUUCAUCUUUGGUGUGGGUUUCUGGGGUUUUGGUGGAUCUUUCUUCUGGGCGUGGAGCAUUUUCUUCUGGGUUUACAAUUUUUUUAGGAUUUAUUGUUAAAUAUGGUUGUUGUUUCCUUUGAAUUCCAAUAUCUGAUGUAAGCCUAUGUAAUUUUCAUCUCUACUCAAUAAUAAACGCACAUUUUGUGGGUUCAAAAA